UCGGACAAGCGGCGGACCCGGCCGGCACUCCCGCCACUGUCCUGGUGAAGGUGCAGGCGAAAAAUGUGGGUUUUUGGUUACGGGUCACUGAUCUGGAAGGUGGAUUUCCCAUAUCAGGACAAGCUGGUCGGAUGCAUCACAGGCUACAGCAGGCGCUUCUGGCAAGGAAGUACAGACCACCGUGGAGUCCCCGGCAAGCCUGGAAGAGUUGUGACUCUUGUUGAAGAUCCUGGGGGUUGUGUAUGGGGUGUUGCUUACAAACUGCCAGUAGGAAAGGAAGAAGAAGUAAAAGCAUACCUUGACUUCAGAGAGAAAGGAGGCUACAGGACCACAACAGUCAUUUUUUACCCAAAAGAUCCCACUACAAAACCAUUCACUGUGUUGCUAUAUAUUGGAACAUGUGAUAAUCCUAAUUAUCUUGGUCCUGCACCUCUGGAAGAUAUUGCUGAACAAAUUUUUAAUGCCGCUGGUCCAAGUGGAAGAAAUACAGAAUACCUUUUUGAACUUGCAAAUUCUAUUAGGAACCUUGUGCCAGAAGAAGCAGACGAGCAUCUUUUCUCUUUGGAAAAAUUAGUAAAAGAACGUUUAGAAGGAGAACAGAACCUCAACUGCUUAUAAAGACCUAAUCAUUGACUUUUCCAAAGAAGCAGAACUUUCAGUCUUCAGAGAACAGUUUCACUGUGCAAUGACAAUAUGAUUUGGAAAUGUAUUUACUUGGAAGAUCUCAUUUAUUUUUAAUUUCAUAGUCAAAAUAUCAUCACAAUUUGUAAGUUAGUUGCAAGUGUCCUGAAACACAUAUGUAUUCAAAAUAUUAGGGUAUAGUUUAAGAAAAAAUUCAAGUUUUAAUAAUAUAAUGAUUUCCUAACUAUAUGAUAUUGAACACUUGUAAGAGGUGCGUUCUUUAAAAAAAAAAAACAACAACAACAAUGAAAGAUUCAGUUCACAGCUUGGUUUUUUAUCAGAAUAAAAACAGUUUUGUUGUUUCAUAUCACGAUACUAUUUUGAAAUUAGAGAAUUACACCAAAAGUCCAAUACAAAUAAUAAGGUAUAUACAUUUAAUAUAUUCCUGUACAAUAAUUCUGUAACCAUGAUUUAAAAUAUACAAGCUUAAAAUAAUGUGUAAUUAGAAAUAUAUAGUAAUAUGGGUAAGAUUUUAGUCUUGAUUAUGAAUUUCCUUGUUGGGGUAUUAAAUAAACCCUUUCCAAUUUAAGCCAAACAAUUAGCAUUUUUAAUAUAAAAAUGUCCUUGAAAUUAUAAAGUACUGUACCUCUCCUAUUUUGAAUAAAUACAUUUUACUACAUGGGGAAAAACUCAUUCAGCUAAAAAAGCACAAAUUAAAUAAUACAA